GUAGUUUUCUUUAGGACCUGUCACGUGUUCCAGAAGACUCUGUCAAAUUCGCAGGGUACCCGCCCCCCCCCCCCUUGCUCCCCAAAGGUUUGUCUCUGGUCAUCUCCCGUAGUUACGUCCGCAGUCUCUGGUCAUCCUCCUGUUAGUAUGUCCGCAGUUCUCAGGUCAUCUGCUGUAGUAUGUCCGCAGUCUUCUGGUCAUCUCCUGUAGUAUGUCCGCAGUCUCUGGUCAUCUCCUGUAGUAUGUCCGCAGUCUCUGGUCAUCUCCUGUAGUAUGUCCGCAGUCUCUGGUCAUCUCCUUGUAAUUACCUCUGGUUUUUCGCAGUCUCUGGUCAUCUCCUGUAUUACUGUUUUCGCAGU